CAGAUCAGCGGGGGAAAGUUCGCCGUGCCAUUUCUGCUGGCUGAACAGCUUUGCAAAGACGGAACCCGUUUUGCUUUUGAUGUUAGGUGCUCCAUUCAUUUGUAAAAUACCUCAGACACAUUUGUGGGACUAGUCUGAAAGAUGCUGACGCGAAUUAACUUUUGUUGAUGAUGGAGACGCACCUGUUGCGGUUCGUGGAGCGGGUCCGGUGUCUGUCCGAUAAUGACAGCAGAGGAGAUCAACAUAUCUUCACCGAGUUCAGCUUGGUACGACAGAGAGAUGCAUCAAUGAAAGAUGAAUAUAGGUUGACCACUGAGGCAGGAAAAAGCAAAGAAAACGUGAAGAAAAACCGCUAUAGGGAUAUUCUGCCCUAUGAUCAAACCAGAGUAUGUCUGACUCCAACCACAUCUGAAUACGAGUCUGAUUACAUUAAUGCCAACUUCAUCAAGGGUGCCGUUGGGAACAGAAUGUACAUCGCCACUCAAGGCCCUCUGAGCAGCACUGUGGUUGACUUCUGGCGUAUGAUCUGGCAACACAAUGUUAAGGUCAUAAUCAUGGCAUGUAGAGAAAUCGAGAUGGGAAAGAAAAAAUGUGAGGUCUACUGGGCACCAAUCAAAGUAACAACCACUUUUGGUCCCUUCACUAUUUCAACUUUUGAGGAGUCCCGACCAAAUGAAGAAGUCGUUGUUCGGAUGUUGACAGUAAAAUAUUGUGAUGAAACUCGCAAAGUAUCUCAGUUCCAGUACAUGGCGUGGCCGGAUCAUGGAAUUCCAAACAUGUCGGAUGGCAUAUUGGGCAUGAUGGAGCUGGCACGGCAAACACAGUGCAACCAUACGGACCCUAUAGUUAUCCACUGCAGUGCUGGCUGCGGAAGAACAGGGGUGAUCUGUGCCAUCGACUAUGUCAACGAUCUACUUCUUACACAGCAAAUAAAGGAGGAUUUUAAUAUCUUGGACCUGGUGUUGGAGCUUAGAAGACAGAGACCUUCUGCUGUGCAGACUAAGGAGCAGUAUGGAUUUGUCUUUCAUACGGUUGCUCAGAUGUUUCAGAAGAUCUUGCAAGCUCAACAAAAUAAUACCAAGACCUCGGACACUCUGGACAUCAAUGUAGUCCCUCCAGAGCUGCCACUGAAAUCAGGAUUGUCUGGCAGUAUCGGCACACCUCCGAAAACAAGAAAUCCCCCUUUCAAGCCCCGGCUUUCUCAUACUCUUCCUCAGACCAGAAUGAACGACACUUACGCCAUAGUCAACAAGCCCAAGCUGCCCACCUCCACCCCCCCUUCAGUAACUGUUCAUCACUAUGACAAUGCUAAUUUAGAGCGAACCAACAACAAUGCUCUCUACAGCACAGUCAAACCUAAAAACAGACCUGGAUCUUGUAUUCCCCCUUCACUCACACCUGUGUAUAAUAGAGCAACAGCCAAUCAGAGUGGAGGGGUGGAUCCUAAAGGGGCAGACUAUGAAGGUUAUGAGAUAUUGCCAGGGCAGUUGAGGUCAUUGAAUCGAGACACACAGCCAAAAACUCACCUUUUAAGAACCACGAGUAAACCUGAAAUACACACAAGCCAGUCCUCUAUAGAUGAUGAUUAUGAAUAUGUGUCAAACCCGAUCAAGGACACCAGCAGCCUGUUUGCUCCUGGCAGUCUAGGUUUUAACUGUCGUGUAAAGAAACCCAAAGGCCCACGAGAUCCACCGGCCGAAUGGAGCCGAGCAGAAAGAUGAAACAGCGACAGGUUUCCACCUGAUCUUGUAGAGAUGCACCUAUUUUUACACUGGUAAUUUGUUUAUUCAUUUUCUUUGCACUGGGUUUUGGAUGUCUUGCCUCUAAAAUAUAUACAGUAUGAAUAUACACCACAAAUUAUGUUUGUUUUCUGUGUUUUUGUUAAUUUAAUUGUUUUAUUUACUGUUGGAAUGUAUAAUUGACUCAAUUUAUUAGAGUGUAUAUUUCUUGAUUAUUGAUUUUUGCAAUGCAAAUAGUUUACGUGUGAAUGCUUGUGUGAGAAUUUAAAGGUGUUUGUUUCAUUUUUUGUAUUAUUAUUAUUUUUUUACUUUUUUUUGUCUUUUUCAAAAUUACUAUCUAAGCAACGAAUAGGCGUCAUUAGGGUUGCAACGGUAUGAGAUUUUCACAGUAUGAUAACCGUCUCAGAAAAUAUCACGGUUUCACGGUAUCACAUAUACGGUAUUACACAAUUACUAUUAUCAGUGAAAAUGGAAGGAUUAUUUUAUUUAUAUAUUUAUUUUUGAGCAAACACUUUAUUAUAAUUGAAUCUUGAAACAAUUUAUUUUAUUGAAGUGUGUAUAAAAAAGUCUCCCUUUUGAAAGUAAAAUUAAUUGAAAAAAUAAGAAAUCUAACAGAAUUAUAAUAAUAAAUUGAAUUAUAAACAUGAUAAAAAAUAGCAUGUAACUAUAACAUGUUAUAUAACUAAAGCAUGUUAGUUUAUAUGUUAAAUGAACUACUAAAUGAAAAAUAAUAUCAGCUGUGUGAGCUUUUAAAGUAAUGUCCGAUGAUUAUUAACAGUUAACAUGUACUGUAGGUGUGCGACAGCACAGGCAGACUGGUCCUCUCUGUACAUUUAACUCACUUGUUCUCAACUUGUUUUGCUUCAGGACGCAGAUUUUACAUUGGACAUCAAGUGUCGACCUGCUAUAGAUUAAACAUAACCUGUAUUUAAUGAAUCCUAAUUUCCUUUUGUAGAUUUUCCAGUACAAGGACAUGCAUCAAGUGUCAUUAUUUUUGUUGUUGAUGUCAACGUUUGACUUUCAUCACACAACUGAAUAACACAGGCUGCAUAACUAUGAUUGAUUACUGCAAGAGUUAGAUUAACAUACAGGUGCGAAGGGACUUCAACAUUUCUAAAUUGCACAAAUAAUAAAUACAUAUACAUAUUUGUCUCUGGCUUGCUUUUGCUCGCAUGUCAAUGAUGCUGAG